AUGGCUACGUUUCUUUGCUUCAUUGGAGUUGUUUUGUUCUCCAUCAUGAUGACAUGGGGAUUCAAUGCCACAGUUGAACAAACAAGAAGAUCACUAAGGAUACAAGACUGGCCAUGGUUGGACAAAGUCCAAGUAUUUUUCGUGGUUAUUGCCGUUUUAAUGUCAUUGUUUGCUCUGCUAUUUCUUCUUGUUGGGUUUUCUGCUACUGGAGCGACACGAGAGGAAAUGUUCAAACUCUGUUCGGCGUUGUGCUGUGCCUACUCGGUUUUUGAUGAUCUUUGCUACGCUUUGACGUCUUUCACUGAAGAGGAUUGUAUUGACCUUGGAGUCUUUAUUCCGUUGGUUAAAAGCUUUUCGAAUUCCAAUUUACGCUUAUGUGGCGGAGACGCUCAACAGUUUUGUGCCCUUUCAUCGACUGCCAGUUCUUGGUACAUUGUCGGUUGGGUGGGAUCUUGUUUCGUCAUUCUAGGAUUGGCAUUUUUUCUAGCAAUCCUCGCCUCCAAUUACACCCAUGUUGGUAAUGUAACUAGGUUUGUUGUACUCAGUUAGCUUCGUGAUUUGGCUUUGGAAGUAUCGUCAAAUGAUUCUUCUUUAAACUUCAAGCACAAUGACGAUGCUGUCUAUUGUCCACGUCCGUCGUGGGCAGAAGUGAAGAACGAGUCUGUAAUGAAUAGGAAUGCAAACGGAAAUUUCGAUUGUUACAAUUUUAUUCGGUUACAACAUGACCAGCGAAGAGCCAAAGAGAACCUGGAUGCCAAUCUUAUGAGCUUCUUCCAGGCGAACACGUCACGCUGA